GGCCGCGGGGCAGAGCGGUGGUUGCGGCUCCCCAUGCCGCGGGGCAGGGCGGCUGCCUCGGCGGGGAGCCGCGAUGAUCCCCUACUUCUCCGACAACGCUGUGAUCUCCCAGGGCACCAUUGCCCAGCUGUCUCGGCUGAGCGUUUCGAUAACUCUUACACUGUGUGUGCCCGGCGGAGCCGCCGCUUCCCCCGGUGCCCGAGACGGUGGGGUCCGGUUCCGUCCCCCCCUCCCAGACACAGAGCCCGGCUGUGCUCGGGUAGCGAGCAUCAGCGAAAGCUUCCUCACUGUGAAAGGGGCAGCUCUCUUCCUGCCACGGGGAAAUGGCUCCUCUACUCCCAGGAUCAGUCACAGGCGCAACAAACAUGCAGGGGAUCUCCAGCAACACCUGCAGGCCAUGUUCAUACUGCUCCGCCCAGAAGACAACAUCAGACUGGCUGUAAGACUGGAAAGUACCUACCAGAACCGCACUAGGUACAUGGUGGUCGUAUCCACCAACGGCAGACAAGACACUGAAGAGAGCAUUGUCCUAGGAAUGGAUUUCUCUUCCAAUGACAGUAGCACUUGUACAAUGGGCUUGGUGCUGCCGCUGUGGAGUGACACCUUGAUCCACCUGGAUGGGGAUGGAGGGUUCAGCGUAUCAACAGAUAACAGGGUUCAUAUAUUCAAGCCAGUGUCUGUACAGGCAAUGUGGUCUGCUCUGCAGAGUUUACAUAAGGCUUGUGAGGUGGCACGGAGCAACAAUUACUACCCCGGGAGCCUCUUCCUCACGUGGGUCAGUUACUAUGAGAGCCAUAUCAACUCUGACCAGUCCUCAGUCAAUGAGUGGAAUGCCAUGCAAGAUGUCCAGUCCCACAGGCCUGACUCGCCUGCCCUCUUCACAGAUGUCCCCACUGAGAGGGAACGCACAGAACGUCUCAUUAAGACUAAAUUAAGGGAGAUCAUGAUGCAGAAAGAUUUGGAGAACAUCACAUCAAAAGAGAUACGCACGGAGCUGGAGAUGCAGAUGGUGUGUAACCUGCGGGAGUUCAAAGAGUUCAUUGACAAUGAAAUGAUAGUGAUCCUUGGGCAGAUGGACAGCCCCACGCAGAUAUUUGAUCACGUAUUUUUGGGAUCAGAAUGGAAUGCCUCCAAUUUGGAAGACUUGCAGAACAGAGGGGUGCGGUAUAUUUUGAAUGUGACUCGAGAAAUAGAUAACUUCUUCCCUGGGCUCUUCGAAUACCAUAACAUUCGGGUCUAUGAUGAAGAAGCAACAGAUCUUCUGGCUUACUGGAACGACACCUACAAAUUCAUCUCCAAGGCAAAGAAAAGUGGUUCUAAGUGCCUGGUGCACUGCAAGAUGGGAGUGAGCCGCUCAGCAUCCACAGUGAUUGCCUAUGCCAUGAAGGAAUACGGCUGGAACCUGGACAGGGCUUACGACUACGUGAAGGAGCGGCGCACGGUCACCAAGCCCAACCCCAGCUUCAUGAGGCAGCUGGAGGAAUACCAAGGGAUCCUGCUGGCCAGCAAGCAGCGACACAAUAAACUGUGGCGCUCGCACUCAGACAGUGACCUCUCAGACCAUCACGAGCCCAUCUGCAAGCCUGGGCUGGAGCUGAACAAAAAGGAGAUCACCACUUCAGCUGACCAGAUCUCAGAGGCAAAGACCAACGACAACCAGCAGCCAAUGUCUCCCAUCUACUCAGCCGAGGUAGACAGGGAGCAGCAGCUCCCAGAGGAUGCAAAUGUGAUCGAGGAGAUGUGUGUGAAGGAGAGAAGGAUCCACCUGGAGUUUACAUGUCGAGACAUCCAUGCUGAGCAGAUGGAGGACAAGCUGAAUCUGAACAAUAUCAAUGGCUGUACGGCAGGAUGUUGUGUAGACUCUGUUCCCCCUGAUAACUGCCAUGCUUCUGAGGCCUUAAUGCAACUCCAGCACCCCUUGGAAAUCACAGAAUUUCCUGAUUUAACAGUAGAUGAUCUAGAAAAAGAUGCCCUUAAGCCUGAUAUGAACGUGCACUUGGUUCCCAUGGAAGAAUUCACUUCAUGCUUAAAAGACUUUCCCCAGUCCCCAAACCAAAAUUCCCCAAGUCUCCAACAGAAUCCUCAGCAUGAAGUGACAGACCUCAGUACAGACAGGAUUGAUUUCUUUAGUGCUUUGGAGAAAUUUGUGGAGCUUUCCCAGGAGAGCCGGCCACGUACCUGCUCCCAUUCCAGGAUGGAGGAGCAAGGGAGUGGGAGGAACGGGGUCUCCAGGGUGCUGGAAGUGCCACCUGCUGCCGACGGGGGUGCAGAUGCUCAAAGGAACAGCUCUGGAAACUCUCCUCAGGCAUCAGAAGACUCUUCCACAGAUGAAGAACAGCAAAAGGAAGUGCCCGAGCUGCCUAGUGCAGGCCAUCUCACGAGGUCCCACUCUGAAAAUGCCAUUUCUGUGAAGGAAAUCAUCACAGAGAUUGAGUUAAUCAACCAAGGAGCAGGACCUGCCCAACAGAAAGAGAGUUCAGCCAACCUCACCCAGACACCAAAGAGGAACACGGUGCACGACCUGCCGGUGGAGGCGAUUUGGGCAUCAGAAAGAGUGGAACAGAGUGAAGGAGCCUGUGCUGGACACCAGGAAAAGGAGAAGGACCCUCUGGAAGCUGAGCAAGAAGCUGCCCCCUCCCUGCAGCCAUCUUCUGGUAAAUCAGAACUAGAGGAAAGCAGCUUUGGCAUGGAGCAGCAAGAGCCUCGUGGCUCCAUCAACCCUGAGCCCAAGUGGUGCCCUGGCUCUGUCCGACGAGCCACCCUGGAAUUCGAGGAGCGUUUGAGACAGGAGCAGGAGCACCAGCACGUGUCCCCAGUUGGCAUCUUGCCCACCCGCAAGAACUCCAGGAAUGACUCCCCUGCCACUGAGCUCCUACCACGGGGGAAAAGUGAGGAACCACCCCUGGAGCAGGCUCUGGAGGGUGACAAGGCACAUGGUCCAGGUGCUGAGGAGCUGCUGCUGCCUCCUGGGGCAGAGCUGCCUGCAGGCAGAGACCUGCCUGCACCUCCUGCCUCCCCUGCACGGCAGUCCCUGCCUGCAGAGCCAAAUCCAGGGCAGGAGGGAACAGCACAGGAGCAUAGGACAGUGGUCUCGUUUGAUGGGACAGAGGAGCCAUCCCUGCCCUCCCUCCUCCCAAAAAGAAUUGAAAUUAUUGAAUACACUCCCAUGGUAAAGUCUGCAGAGUGCCCCAAUGCCAGCUGGGAGCAGGGGGGAUUGGCCAUGGCUAUCUCAUCUUUAGAUGAAAACUUGAACCCUUCCUUGUGCUCAGAGAAGGCACCAACCUGUCCCAGAGCUCUGGUCAGUCUCUCGCUGCCAGAGCAGGUGGUACACAAGCAGGACACCAUCACUGUGGGCAGCCCCAGCAAGGAGAGUGCUCAGUUAUCUGCUCACCUCAGUGCUGCUCCCUUCUCUGCCCAGGUGACCUCUACACCUUCAGCCAGCUUAGAUUGCUCGUUUUACCCCCACAAAAUUCACCUGGAAGGUGUCACUGAGCAGAGCACGGGUACGGACGAUGAGCUGGUGACACUGUGUGGCACUGAGGGAGAUGUGGCUCUCCCGUUCAGGGACAGCCCCAACCCUCUCUGUGGGGAGGGUGCUGGCACCUUGAGGCAGCUGAGCAGUGAGGACUUGACCAGCCAACGUGCUGAAAACAUGGACCUUCUGGACAUCUCUUUCCUGUGUUACAGCCUCCCCCACAGCUCCAGCAGCCACAGCGUGGAGGAGCGCAGCAACAGCCCCGGGCUGGUCAAGCAGCGAGCGAAGGAGAUAGAGGCUCGGAUCCGGCACGCGGGGCUCACCACACCUUCCCUCAUGAAACGCUCAGCAUCUUUGGCCAAACUGGACUGCCUGGACCUCUCCAAGGACGACUUAUCCGAGAGGGAGUCGGCUUCUUCCGAUGCCAACCCGGUGCUUCUCACUUGCAUUGCCCUCAGUCGAGGCUGUAACAGGGGUAGGUUGGAGAGGGGCUCAAAAAGCACGUGUGGAAAGCAUCGCCUUUCCUCCCCUGAGCCUGCAAAGCAUUUUGUGGAACAGCUCAGAACAGCUGAGUGCAUUGCCCAGAGCAAGCCUGUGGAGAGGCCACUCGCUCAGUACGCCAAAGAGUGCAGCUCCAGCCAGCAGAGUUUGUUUUCCAGCACGGAUCUGACGUGGACUACCUCUGAGGAGGGUCCUUCAUUGCUCCAGGUGCAGGUUUUGGACUCCUUGUCCCCAUCUCAAGGUCUGGCUGUCACACCCCGGCAGCAGCACGGGAGAACUCACCCUCUGAGGAGGCUCAAAAAGACCAAUGAUAAAAAGCGGACAACCAAUCCCCUCUACAACACGAUGUGAUCCUGAGCCCUUGGCUGUGAUUUCUUACACAGAACCCAUUGUGUUGUGUUCACACAGGGGGCAGAUGUAAUAUAAGGAACAUGCACUUUAUGGGUUAAUUUUAUAUAUAUUGUCAUUUUACUGUUCCUGGCGCAUGUAGGUGUGGGUUGGUUCUUCUGUGUGUGACUCUGCAGGACUGUUUGGGUUUGUUUGUUUUGGGUUUUUUUUUUUAAGUUUUUUUAACUCAGAUAACCUCAAAACGUUCUUUUUUGUUGUUAGUUUGUUUUAAAAGAACAGCUUCCUCAUGGAAAAGUUGAUGUUGGCAUGCUUUGGCAAAGUGGGGUUUUGCUUAGAACCAGAUCUUAGCUCCUAACUUGAAUUCUCCCCAUGCCUUGAAAUGGUGCUGGGCGGUUGUUGGGGUAAGAGGCCCCUAAAUGUGAAGGCUGUGCCAAGGUCCCUUUGUUUGGCCUUUCUUUUACUUCUGCAAACUGGAACUCCACGAUGCUGGCAGAUCACUCACAAAGCUGCUUCAGGACAAACCCCCCGAGCUUGGUUUGGCUGGUGCAUCCCCAAGAGGAGCACGCAGGGGUAAAUCCUCCUGAUGGGUGGGCUCUGCAAACCCUGAGCAGAGGUGGGUCAUGCAGAGCCCCCUCCAUUUUGGGGGAAGGUGGAUCAAAGCUCCUUGCCAAGCUGCCAAGCUCAUCUCUCCUUGGCUGCCCCCCAUCAGUGGGCGGGUGAGAGGAGGAGAGCCCCAACCCCGAGUGUUCUUUUAAAACAAACACCUCGUUAGGGUUUUAACCCUCCCAUUACUUGAAUACUGCUGUGGGCCUUCCAAGUUCAUGGCCAUAUCAUCUGUUCUCUGCCCUCCUGCUGCCUCCCUUCUGCCCAAAAGCCUUUCUUGUCUUGUGCUGCCCAAUUUUUUUUCCUCUCAGCCCUGCUCACAAGCACUUCUGGUCACUCCCAGACCCAGAGGCUGUUAUAAUUGUUACAGAUGUGUUGUCCCUACGGAAUGCAAAGCUUUGUCCUUUCUGCUGUCACUCCUAACACUUGACCUGAAGGGAAGAUCUUUUCUGAAAGUUUCUUUUUCCUUUUUUUCUUGGUUUUUUUUCCUAAAUUGUAUAUAUGGUAUUUAUAUAGAAUUUUUUUUUGUUUCUGUGUUGUUUUGUUUUUGGGUUUUUUCUUUAAAAAAAGGGCAAGACUGCAUUCUGUAAACUGGAAAACAAAACCACCUGACUGAAACUCAGUGCUGUUCAUUGUAAUCUGCACAGAAAAGGGAGUGGUUUUUUCAUCAUAAGCUGUCUUCCCUUUCCAAAAGUGAGCCUCGAUGCCAGCCUUUGCCAAAUGUGUCUGUUUUCCUUCAGUCCUGCAUGAACCUCCCUUGCCCCAUGGCAGGAGGAGGACCAUGUAUCUGUCUGUCUCCUUCCCCCCUGGAGCUGGGCUUCAGAAGUGCCAGUUGGAUGUGGAAAGCCAUCAGCUGCUCCGAGCCAUUCUGCAGCUUCUGCUUCCCUGGAGAACCUACGUUUGAAGGGUUUGCUCCAAAUUUCAGUAAAUUAUUUUCAUAGUUUCCAUGCAGUUUGGCUAAAUCAAAGCUCCUCAUUUCCAGCCGUGCAUGUCGGCAAAUUCUGUGUGUGCUGUAGGAACAGAGAGAAAGGCACUUGGCCAUGGCAGGAGAGCUCUGGGUCCUGUCUGCAGUCGGGUGGCAGGUCUGUGGCAGAAGAGCAUGGUCUGAGCUGGUGCUUGGCUCUGGCCCAGACCUGCCCUCCGGGGAGGAGCGAAGCAGAGAGAAGAUGCAGAGUGGCUCCAGCUGCUGAAAGCCCAGUGCAGGGGAUGCAGUGUGGGAGGAGCAGCAGACAAGGCAGUGCCUAGAAAGCAAGGCUGAUGCUGCAGAGCCUUGUGGGCUCUGAUGGGACAAGCUCAUCUGGUGAUGAGAAGAGCACUCAGCACCAGAGGACUGUGGAGUAUUGGGAAGCAGCCUGUGUUUGUCCUGGGGAAGGAUGUCCAUAAUCCAUCUUGCCCGCAGCAGAGGAUUGCCAAGCAGUUCCCAAGGUAAUCCCACCUCCCUUGCCUCCUGUAGCUCCCAGGGAUCCAUGUUGAGCAAAGCCUGCGUGCCCGCAGCCCGGGCAUGAGGCUGUUGGCAUGUCUGUCCUCCAGCAGCAACGUGCACUUUAUCCCUCCCUUUCCAAGGAGCUUGAGCUCUGCUGGGGAUUUGUCACCCGUGCUUGCUGCAGGCUGGAGCCCAGCCUGGAGUAGCCUAGUUGGGGCCCUUUCUUGGUCAAGUAGCACGUCAUCCCAGGCCAUUUCAAUCACUUAAGUCAGCACCUAAGUCCCUGGCCCAGGAGGCCAGAUUUUUCUUUAAGAUCCUGCAAGACAUUUGGCUUCUCUUAGCCUGCUCCAGCUGGCUUCAAAGCUGGGCAGGCAAUGCAGAAAGGCCAAGUGGCUCAUGUCAUCUUGUGAAGGACAAUUUCAGUCCUUGCCUCCCCCACAAGUUCUCACCAAGCUCUACUGCCCACCUAGGACCCCAAGGACAUGUCUGCCUGCCCCUCUGCAGGCAGAAGGGAAGGGGUGCCACCAAGCCCUACCCUGUGUUGGAGGGGGCAUGCUUGACUGGCAACGUGUCCUAGUGACAAGGAUCUGCUUGGGAGGGAAAAGCCCUGGGUCUUAAUUUGUUCCCUUUAGAAGGCUGGAGGGGGAGGAAGGGUUUCUUUUCCCAGCUUCAUCAGAGAAAUGCCCUGUUGGAAGACUUUUCCAGGCCAUCCAGAAAUGCUGUUUCUUUCCAAUACUCUGCUGCUCCCUGGGUGCUUCAGCUGUGGAGAGCAGUGAAGGGGCAAAGGCCCCUGCAGGGAUUUGCUUUGCUGUCUUCUUUUCCUUGACUCUGGCCUGACACAACUGGUUUCUCUCUGGGAAGCCUGUGGACAGGCGGAGGGAGUUUGGGAAGGUGGCUCUCUUGCAGAGUUAUGAAGGCCUUGGCGGUCUGGAGGCUCUGACCUGGAUGGCAGGAGGGGGAACAGAGUGAAGGGGCAUGUCACAUGCAGCUCUCAGAGGACCCAGGGUCCUCUUCAGCCAAUACUUGGGCAAUGGAGCCACCAAGUCCCUGGUGCCAGAGCUUUCUGCCUGGGGACCAUUGUCCCUUCUCCAUGCUGAUGGCUCAUAGGAGGUGGUGGCUCUCUCCUGGUCCCUGUGGCCACCCUAUGAGAGCUUCUUGUGCCCCAUCAAGCAGCAUGGUGAGCAGCACUUCCAGGGUACUCAGCAGCUGGCAUGCCAUGCCAGUUGAGGGGUUUUAGGAAAAAUGUGUUGUUUUAAGGGCAUUUUUGUACAAAGACUGUUCUUUUGGUCUCUCGCAAAGCCCUCUUGGAGGAUGCUUUAUUGUUUACAUGGACUCCUCUACAAAAUCUCAGCCAUCGCCUCCCCCUCCCCCCCCACCUCUGGCUGUACUGUACUGUGAGAGCCUUGCACAGAGGGAUGUGUGUGUGUGUAACUGUUUUUACACUGCGUUCUGUUGCACUCUGUGUGUGUGUGUGUGUGUGUGUGUGUGUGUGUGUGUCCUGUCUGCUUGAGAAGUUGUGAUAUGUACAAAUCUCCCUUAUUUUGGCCCUUUCCUGGGGGCAUGGUCCCAGUGGGUGGCAGGGGGGUCAGAAGGUGAUGCCAUUCAUGGCUCACUCUGUUAAACAGGGCAGGGAUUAGCUACAUGUCCCCCUGCCAUCAAAUUCCUGUGGAAGGUAACCCACCCCUGGCAGCUGCCAGGGACUUCUUAGGAAGAGCAAGCUGCUGGGAAGCAGCAUGGGCACAGGGUGACUGUACCUGCCCGGGGGCUCCCAGAGCCCCAGUGUUCUCCAUCCUAGUGGCAGGACGAAGCCAUACCCACCACAGGUCCCCUGCUCCCAUCCCCGUGUGUCCUGCCUUAAUCCAGUCCUAGCUCCACAUGAACCCCCCCACUUCUCCCUAAGGGAGGGACCCCCCGAGCCCUUGCUGGCGCAGGGCAGAGGCGGACGCUGGUCUGGCACAGGAGGAGUCUGGGCUGGAGGUGCUAACAGCCCGCCUGCGCUGCAGACAUCUCUGUUGGCACAAAAGAAAGUGCCAGUGCCUUUUUAUUUUCCUUUAUGGAGAUGUGACGUCCGUGUGCUGGUUUGUAGGGGUGGCUGAGGGGCCGGGCAGUCCAGCUGCUCCCUGUGCUAGGUCAGGGGUGGCUGGCAGUGGAGUUGCAAACCAGAGAGGAGAGCAUUUCUGUCUGCCCUCCUGGAUUUUCCUUGGUGGCUGGGAUCAUCCCCUUUCCCCCUAAAGACUUUAUGACUGAUGUGCUCAGCUGUUUUUAAAUGUGAACUUGUGCACUGAUGUGCAGAUUCAAUGUUCUUGUUACCGAAUGAAUAAAGUUUAUUUUGAAGAUGA